GAUCCUGGAAGGGUGUUAAUAAGAAGGUGCAUACAGAGAGGAAUAUGGAUGCAAGAAAGCACAGAUCAAGAGACCACGCAAUGGGAAACAACAAGAGGGUGCCCCCCUACCUGCUGCUGGUGCUGCUGGCCAUCAGCGCCGCCGCGCUGAGCGUCGGCAUCUUGCACAAGAUGAGGGAGCGCCGUGUUUUUGCCGUCCUACUCCAGGAACAUGACCAGCAGCUCAUCCUCCUCCAAGUACUCCUGGAGAAAGAAAAGGAAGUUAAUAAAGAGAUGAGGCGGAAAGUGGACGAACUGGAAGCCAAAACAUCUGUCCUAAGUAUUGAGAGGGCACAACUGAAAAACAAGCUCAUGGAUUCAGAAACUACCACCACAUAUCUUACCAACACCCAGAAAGAAUUGGAAGCAGCUCUUGUGGAGAAAGAGAGCCAUAUCAACCAAAUGAAAGAGAACGCAGCUGCGUCAAACCCUGAUCAGAUGACAACUAUCCUGCAGCAAAAAGAAGCUGAGCUUGACAAAUCUGAAAAUUCCAGUGAUUCCAUACCUGCUACAGCAGAAGAAGAAAAUCCCAACAACACUACUGCAUCAGAGAGUAGCCACCAGGAUGACAGCAUUGUAGUGGGAGCAAACAACGAAAAUGCAACUUCUGACACUGUGGUACUUAACAAAUCUGAAAACUCCAGUGAUUCCAUACCAGCUACAGCAGAAGAAGAAAAUUCCAACAACACUACUGCAUCAGAGAGCAGCCACCAGGACGAGAGCAUUGUGGUGGGAGCAAACAACGAAAAUGCAACUUCUGACACAACUGUGGUACUUGACAAAUCUGAAAACUCCAUUGAUUCCAUACCUGCUCCAGAAGAAGAACAAAAUUCCUACAACACCACUGCAUCAGAGAGCAACCAACAAGAUAAUAAUUCCUCAAAAGAACAGUUUUUGAAGUUGACAACUAACAUGGAAGAUGAUCAGCUGCGGGAGAAUAAUGGUGAUGCCAAUGGACAUUCAGAUGAUGCUCCAGAGGGAAGUCAUUCUGAUAAACCUGAACUUCCACAGAGCCAAAAGCUGACAGACAAUCAGGAAGUCAGCAAAGAAGAACUGGAUGGCACAAGACAGUUGGAGGAUCCCCAAGGCGAGGUCAGCUACCACAGCAGAGACAAUAAACUGCUGGAAAAGGAAGAUGGCAAUGCAGUUGUCAAAGAAGCAGAGGAAGAAAUAAAUCCUGAUGGCAAGUUGGAGACCUCAGAAGAAAGCUUCAGUGAAGCCAACCAAAACAAUACGCAAGCUAUGAAACCUGUUUCUGAUCCCUCAGGUGUAAACCCCAGCAUGAUCACAAAUAAUGAUGAAAGAAAUGAAACAAGCAAGAGACAUAGGAGGAGAAAGUUCAGAUCUAGAAGGAAGAAGAGGGCUACUGGUACUGCUAGCAGUAACAAUGGGAGUCAUCAAAUGGAGGUAGAUGCCGCAGCAAACCCAUAAACAGAUCCAUAGUUAUACGCUGGAUACCUCUGAAGAGAAGUAAAGAAGAAAAAAAAUAACAGAUAAACAGCUAUAGUUGUCAUUUUGUAGCUGAUGGCAGCAUAAAUAGCAUAUUUUCAUGUUAUAAAUGGAUUCCUUCUUGGACUUGAUAAUGCACUGUAUUUACACUAUGUUUCCUGUAAACACCUGCCUGCAUUGUAGCUCAUAUGAAGUCCUUUCAAUA